AUGUGCCACUUUCGGGUCUCCUCACACUGCUGCCAGGUCCAUACUGAUUCAUGGCCCCCUGCCUCUGUAUGGCCUUCAAUUUAAGCUGCUUACGCUUCGCCACUCUGCCAUGGGCCCCUGUACCACCUCCUCACUGCUGCUGCCAGGUCCAGAGUGUGUCAUGGGUCCCUGUACGGCCUCCCAUUGCUGCUGACUUCAUCGCCAGACUCUGCCAUGUGCCACUUUCAGGUCUCCUUACACUGUUGGUGGGUUCCAUUUUGUGAUAGGGUGCUGUAUGGCCUUCCAUUGCUGCUGCCUCCACCGCCACCCUGCCAUUGGUGCCCUCUGGGACUUUUUUCAUAGGUCUGCUCA